AUGGUAGGGAAAGCCCUAAUGUUUACCAACACAGAUGAUAUAAAGCUGUCUGAUAUACUAUUUGGGAGUGAUGUCGAGACCAUCCGUUGCGAAAAAGCCUCUGGAAGAAAGGAGGACGAGAAAAACAUAUGGAAGAGGAAUGUCAAGCACUACAAGAUCCUCUCGAUCGAUCAAAUAUCUGCGCUAGAGGACUUCUUCAUUAGUAGGCAGCAGCCUAUAACAAAAACUAAUAUAAAACAUGCAUCAAAGAUUCUAAGGAUCCCCUACCAACGAUCUGUAAACUAUCUCUAUAACAAAUACAAGAGGGCCCAGGAGAGUGCCGAUGAUUUCUAUCAAAAGUGCAUUCACGAGUUUGGCUUGAUAAUGCAGAAUAUAGACAAGUCCUGGGACUCGUACCUCCGAGGAUGCCGGGUGUACAACACACCUCGAGACAACAGGAAUUAA